AUGCUCUCACUGUGCUUGUUCCUGCUCCCUUGCCUGAGCCUGGUGCCUCUGGCCCCGGCCACCAAGGGCCUGGAGUUCCCACAGUAUGACGGGAAAGACCGAGUCCUGGACAUCGAUGACAAGAACUACAAGAAAGUGUUGAAGAAGCACAACAUGGUGUGCAUGUUCUACCACGAGCCCAUAGCAGACAGCAAGGAGAUGCAAAAACAACACCAGAUGACUGAGUUGGUGCUGGAGCUUGCUGCUCAGGUUAUGGAGGAGAAGGACAUUGGGUUUGGAAUGAUCGACUCCCACAAAGAUGCAAAGGUGGCAAAGAAACUGGGCCUGAAGGAGGAGGGCAGUGUGUAUGUUUUCAAGGCUGAUCGAGUGAUCGAGUUUGACGGCUUGCUCUCGGCUAACGUCCUGGUGGAGUUCUUGUUGGACCUGUUGGAGGAGCCAGUGGAGGUUUUAGACAAUGCUCUGGAGCUGAGAGCCUUUGAUAGGAUGGAGGAAGACAUCCGCCUCGUUGGUUACUUCAAGACCGAGGACUCUGAGCAUUAUGAAGCGUUUAAAGAAGCUGCAGAGCAGUUCCAGCCCUACAUCAAGUUCUUUGCCACAUUUGAGAAAUCUGUGGCCAAAGAGCUGACUCUGAAGUUGAAUGAGGUGGAUUUCUAUGAGCCCUUCAUGGAGGAGCCAGUCACCAUCCCGGGCAAGCCUCACUCUGAGGAGGAGCUGGUGGCGUUCAUAACUGAACACAAACGACCAACUCUGAGGAAGCUGCGUGCAGAAGAUAUGUUUGAGACCUGGGAGGAUGACAUUGAGGGCAUCCACAUUGUGGCUUUUGCAGAGGAGGAGGACCCUGAUGGUUUUGAGUUCUUGGAGAUCCUGAAGGAGGUCGCAAGAGACAACACCCACCUACCUGAGCUCAGCAUCGUCUGGAUUGAUCCUGAUGACUUUCCCCUGCUGAUCCCCUACUGGGAGAAGACCUUCAAGGUGGACCUGUUCAGACCACAGAUUGGAGUUAUCAACGUUACAGAUGCCGACAGCGUGUGGAUGGAGAUGGAUGAUGAGGAAGAUCUGCCCACCGCCAAGGAGCUGGAGGACUGGAUCGAGGAUGUGCUCUCUGGCAAAGUCAACACUGAGGAUGACGACGACGACGACGACGACGACGAUGAUGACGACGACGAUGACGACGACGACGACGACGAUGAUGAUGAUGACGAUGAUGAUGACGAUGAUGAUAAUGACACUGACUCCGAUGACUCCGAUGAUGAUGAUGAUGAUGAUGAUGAUGACGACGAUGAUGACGAUGAUGAGUAGUCCACAGCCUAAUCCUAGUAAAUGUUAACUCUUCUGUUUUUUUUCUUCAGACUUAGAGUUUAACAUUGAUCUCAGACAAACUACUGUACAGUAAAAUAACUUUUCACAAAUAAAUACUGUCAAAUUUGUACUGAAUAUGUGCUAAUAAUAAUAAUAAUAAUAAUAAUAAAUCUAUCUAAUAUCCACAAAUGAUAUUUUUUGACAAUGUAAAUAAGCCUGGAAUGGGUUUUUGGAUUUCAAAGACAGUACUUAAGUUUCUGGACCAGACAUUUCCAUUACACAUGACGAUCUCUCAUAAAUCUAUAAAUAACUGUUAAUAAUAAAGGACUGUCGAUGUCAACUGUC